AUUACGAUAACCUGCAUAAAUAAUUAAUUAUCAAUACAAUAAAAAAAUUCAUUAAAAAAAUUUAAAACAAAAGCUACAUGAAGUUGUUGUAAAUUGACUGAUUGCUAAACACAAAAAAGUAUUUAUAUCCGCCAAUGGACGUAUGUACAUAAACAAGUUGAUCUAGAAGUUAUCACGCAUGAAGAAUAAAUAUAUUUUGUAAGGCCUCUGAUGCGUACUUCUGAUGGUGUAAACGAUAUGACAAAAUUUAUAUACAACUAGCUACGUUACAAAUUAACCACAUAUAUAUGUAUAUACAUACGAAAUUACAGUCUCAAACCGAACAUUAAGGCUUAAAAGCAGUUAAAGAAAGUGCGAGUGUGGAGACAGUACAACAUUCGAUUGGAGAUUUGUUACAGACUUCUUUUUGAAACAAGUAAAGGCCUUGGUGUCGUCAGCAUGCCGAUCUUAUAUUCAGUUAUAUCGCGUGGCACCACUGUCUUGGCCAAAUAUGCUGAAUGCGUUGGGAAUUUUGCUGAAGUUACUGAUCAAAUUAUAUCCAAAAUCACUCUAGAAAAUCAUAAACUGACAUAUUCUCACGGCGACUAUCUCAUACAUUACGUUUGCGAAAACAAGCUCAUCUACAUGUGUAUAACUGACGACGAAUUUGAACGAGCACGCGCAUUUCUAUUUUUGACGGAUAUCAAACAAAAGUUUAUACAAACAUAUGGGUUACAAGUUGCCACUGCCCUCGCCUUUGCAAUGAACACAGAAUUCUCUAAAAUUUUGGCCGAUCAGAUGAAUUUUUUUAGCCAGUCACGGGAAGUAGACGCUAUAUCGAAAGUUCAUGGACAGAUUGAUGAAUUAAAAGAUAUUAUGGUUAAAAAUAUUGAUAAUCUUAGGGACCGAGGGGAAAAAUUGGAGUUACUUGUAAAUAAAACUGAAAACUUAAGCAAUAAUGCUGUUGCAUUCCGUAAAGCGUCGCGCAAUCUCGCCCGUCAAAUGUUUUGGAAGAAUGUACGACUCUAUGUAGUAUUGGGUCUGAUUGUCAUUUUUAUUAUAUACGUAAUAACGAGCAUGAUAUGUGGUGGUCUGGCUUGGCAAGGUUGCAGACAGAAAUAACUCGGAUCGUGCAUUUAUAAACACGUCGUUAUGACCGUCUGCAGAUUUUUUUACACACACAUGUAUAUUAUUGAUAAUUAUCGCAUGUUAAAUCUAUAUACAUCCAUAUAUGUAUACACGAUGGAUUACUUUGUUUCCUUGCUUUUUAGAUUUUCGGCCAAAGUGUGAUCUUAUGAUAACAUCGUCAGCGAUUUUAAUUUUUUAUUCUGUAUAAAGAUUAAUUUUGUUUUUUUUUCUAUUUUUAUUGCCCUUUUUCUCCAAAAUUUAAAUUUUCCCAAUCUUAUUAUUAUUAUGGUUGAAACUGAAUGGAAUUUUCAAGGUGAUUGAUAAAAUAUAUAUGUAUAUAUAGAUAUCUAUGUGUGGCAUAUAUAUAUUAUCAUCAUCUGGAUAUC